CACCUACCACACUCCCGCAUCCCUGUUCUCAGUGCUCCACCCAGCUUUAUAGUAUCCUCCUUCUGUCUGUCCUUCCCUCCCAUUCGCCAUGAUCUUCUCCGUCAUCGUCUCCUUCCUCGCUCUGGUCGGCUCUGCCGCUAGCACGCCCAUCAUCAAACCCCAGGAACUCAUCGUCAUCAGACCCCAUAUCACCUCGCCCACUGAGGCAGUCAAAUGGGCUCCUGGGUCCGUCCAAAACAUCACUUGGGAAACCGACCAGAUCCCGCCCAAUCUAAUGAACUCACAUGGCUCGAUGCUCCUCGGUUACAUCACGAGAUAUACCGACGACGACGGUGUGCGGCGCACGAACGAGAACCUAAACCUCUCUGUUCCUCUGGCCACGAACUUUACCAUCGGAAAGGGAUGGCACACCAUCACUGUCCCUGAUGUGCCGCCUCGGGACAGUUACAUUGUUGCUCUCUUGGGCGAUUCGGGUAACAUCUCCCCGCAAUUCAAGAUCCGCGCAUGAUUUACUCCACUCGCGAUUCGUGCUCCACCUCCCCACCUUCCCGUCCACGUCUUGACCUAUGACACUCAGCCAUCCAUUCGCUUUGUCCGGACUCGCAUUUUUGCAUGUACUGUACUACUACUUGACCUAAUCGCUCGGCUGCAAUGCAUCAGGUUGUGUUUACUGCCGCUUCGAGUAUAUGGCGGCUUUAUGGGUCGCCCGCAAUGACCCCGCCACAUGCUUGUAUGAAUCCACCAUGAGAGCCAAGGGGAUGGCGAC